AUAACGUAUGUAUUUACGCUCUCUGUUUGAGACACUGCAAUUUAAUUUUGCAAAGCAAAAUUGUGUAUUUUUGACAUUUACGGCAUCAAAAUUGAAACAAAAAAAUUACUAAAUUAUGCUUAAACUACUGAAAGUGAGAUAAAAACGUAAUUAGUUGGCACAACUGAAAUAGUAAUUACCGUUAACAAGCUACUUUUUAUUCAUAAGACAGUUUAAUUAAAACUUCAUUAAGUUUGUUUACUGAGGUGCUCUAGAUAAGUAAACGUUCACUUAAACAGUCAAAGCGAUUCAUCUAAACACACAUGGCCAGGCAGAGGCGAAAUGUUAACACAACCGGUGAGGGCACAAAUUCCAACCACAGCAAUAACACCAUAAAUAAAGCAACCAAAUCUGAUGUCAGCAAUCCGCAGACACCAACAAAUAAUAAAAGUAAUAAAAAUGCUGCAAAACACAAAAAGGGCGACACACACUCAACGCAUAGCAGCGGUGGUAAUAGUGGUUCCAGUUCUAGUACGAUAUCCUCAUCCGCUGCUGGUGCAAACAAACCAAAAGCGGUACAUAAAAAACGAAACAGCUUCUCAUUGUGGCCGAAACUAAUGUUAGAUAAAUGGAAAACGUUAAUUGGCUGUGUUUGUUUGGCGGUUGCCUCAUACUUUUGCUACUUAGGUUACCUGGAAACUCGUGUUAAUACACCAUUUGAUAAUGAGAAGAUGGUAACGCGUUCCGGUCUUGACGAUCCAGAACGUUAUUGGGGUUCCUAUAGACCGCUCACAUAUUUUGGCAUGAAAACACGCGAUCCACAUUCAUUGGUUAUGGGGCUAAUGUGGUAUUCACCAAUGAAUCUGGGAUAUGGCGGCAGAGGUUUGCGACAUUGGUGUGAAAUAGACGAUAAUUUGGGUACAUACGGUUGGACGCAGCAUGAUGGUCGUACAUUUGGUGUGCAAGAAAUACAAGAUGCGCCCUUCGAGUUGAAAACUUCAUUUAUAAAAUUUUCAGAAGGUAGAAAAUUAGGUGGUGAUUGGACUGCACGUAUAUCGGUGCGAAAUAUAACUUCAGAUUCUUACUACAUUACUGCAGAUCAUACCAUAUCACUUAUUUGGUAUGUCGCACUAGAUGAACGUACAAAUGGACAUAUACAGUAUGUCUCCCAUGAGAAAAGCCCCGAGGCGGGCAUUUUUGGCGAGACGAUUGGUUUGGGCGAGUUUAAGGUACUCUUUCAACCAAUUAAAGGCAAAAUAUUACACAAGUCCUAUUUAAGCACAAUAGCGCCUUCGCUCAGCAAUUUAAAGGAUACUGUUUUCUCACAUUUUCGUAUAUUUUCCGACAAGUUGGGAAACCGAUUUAUUGGCCUGCCAGGUGAAAUGAUUUCGCAAAAUGGCGUACAAGCAGCGAGCCCCAAUUUUAUUGCCAUACAUAUAACCGCCGAAGCAGAUUUCACCAUUGAUAUUGUUUACCAGUCUACAUCUGCAUUUUCUAAUGAGAAUGUCUCGAAGCCGCCUACAGGUCGUGAAUUUACUAAUGCAUUGCAAGAAAAAUUGUCUGAGUUCGAUCAUCGUUUUGAGGAUACAUUCCAUUUACGUGCCAAAGGAUAUUCUGUAAACGAGAUAAAAUUUGCCAAAUACGCUGUUAGUAAUCUUGUAGGCGGUAUUGGUUAUUUCUAUGGCGCGAGUAGAGUGAAAUCUGUGUAUACCAAGAAACCCGUACCCUACUGGAAAGCACCGCUCUACACUUCUGUGCCGUCGCGCUCAUUCUUUCCACGCGGUUUCUUAUGGGACGAAGGCUUUCAGGCACUCAUCAUAUCCUCGUGGGACCUAGACAUAGCGCUAGAUAUUAUGUGCCACUGGUUCGAUCUACUCAACAUCGAAGGUUGGAUACCAAGAGAACAGAUUUUAGGCGUAGAGGCGUUGGCUAAGGUGCCAGAAGAAUUUGUUGUGCAACACAACACCAACGCUAAUCCACCCACAUUUUUCCUGACAUUGGACAAAAUACUCACACAUCAUAAAAAGGAACUUUCGGUAAAAGGUCGUCUCAAUGUUUUAGAUCGACUCUAUCCACGCCUACAAACUUGGUUUGCUUGGUAUAAUAAUACUCAGCGUGGCGAUGCGCUAGGCACAUAUUACUGGCGUGGCCGUAAUGCCUCCAGCGAGACUGAAUUGAAUCCUAAAACACUCACAUCCGGCUUGGAUGAUUUUCCGCGUGCCUCACACCCCACCAACUACGAGCGCCACGUCGAUCUACGUUGUUGGAUAGCGUUAGCGGCGCGCGUAAUGUGUGACCUAUCCGAUUUACUUGGCAAAGAUAGUAUUAAAUACUAUGAGACUGCUACCUUCCUCGCUGACAAUAAGUUACUGAAUAAACAACAUUUAAGUCCGUUCACCGAUACUUAUGCCGACUUUGGUCUACACACAGACUCCGUCGCAUUGAAACGACCACAAGUGACUAAACAUAAUUUAAAAAAAUAUCAACAACAACAACUGGAAAAGGUGCGCGUGACUCUGAAGCAGCCCGAACAACAAUUUGUCGAUACCACUUAUGGUUAUGUAAAUCUAUUUCCAUUCCUUUUACAAAUACUCGAUCACGACUCGGAGCAUUUGGGCAAACUACUGAAGAAUUUGCGUGAUCCCAACAUGUUAUGGACUAAUUAUGGUCUGCGCUCGCUAGCAAAGAAGUCGCCAUUGUACAUGAAACGUAAUACCGAGCAUGAUGCGCCAUAUUGGCGUGGCCCCAUUUGGAUAAAUAUCAACUAUCUGGCAAUAAGAGCAUUGCAUCAUUACGGUACCAUUGAGGGACCAUAUUCCGCAUUGGCACGUACAAUCUACAUCGAGUUGCGUGAUAAUGUUGUGGGUAAUAUAUACCGAGAAUACAAAAGAACCGGUUAUCUGUGGGAGCAGUAUGAUGACAGCACAGGACAGGGCAAGGGCUGUUAUCCAUUCACGGGCUGGACCUCACUGGUAGUACUUAUUAUGUCGGAGCAAUAUUAAAAUUAAUAUUUAUUUCCUAUUUAUCAUAACGUUUUUUCGUGCGCGUUUCAGUAUGUAUGUAUGCUUAUGCCAAUUUGAAAAGAUCUAUCGUAUAAAGAGAAAAAUUCGUUAAAAGUGAUUGAAUUAGUAGUAGCAAAUUAAAACAAAAAAAGUAUAAAAAAAUGUGUAAUGAUUAUUCAAAUAAA